AAGGGGACAAAAGGGUUCAGCUUUUAGAGGGCCAAAGUGAGAUCUUCUAAACACACACACACACACCAAAAGAAACAUAACACUUCAUGGCUUUCCCAUAUUUCUGAUCCUCUCUCUCUUGUUCCUUCUCCUCCUCGUCUUCCUGCAAUUUCAUAGCUCUGGUUGUUCAAAACCCACCAUUCUUUUGCUAUAAGACUCCCACUUUGAUUUCACAGCUCCCAACGACGUCGUGUUGUAGGUCGGAGAAGACAUACCCACAGAGAUGUUGGAUUAUGAAUGGGGAAAUCCGUCCACUAUAAUGCUCGCCGGAAACGACGAAGCCGCAGCUGCCGCAGCUGACGCGCAUUCAGAGCAAACGCACCGGCAAAUCUUCGACCACUAUAAUUCUCACCCUUUCUUGCCCGACCACCUUAUUUCUCAAGCUCCACAGGGACCCACACCGACCACCACCUCUGAUUUCUCCCUUGUACACCACCAUCAACAAUUCCAUCCAUCCCAACCCCAUCACCAUAUCCACCACCAGCAUUCUCUCUUCGACACACGCGCCUUCCCUGUCGCGUCGUCGUCGCAUUUUCCUCCGCCAGAGCCACUGCCGCUGCCGCCGGCUCAGCCACCUCAUUCCAUGUUCUCCCUUGACCCGCUCCCUCCGGUCAACGCCGGCAACUGCGGGCCUGGUGGUGGGCUGCUGGUGGUGCCCAAGUCCGAAGAUGUGGGUAGGUCCAUGGACUUCUCGGCGUCUCGAAUUGGACUCAACCUCGGCGGCCGAACGUACUUCUCCAGCACCGAGGACGACUUUGUUAGCCGGCUCUAUCGCCGGCCCAGACCGUUGGAACCCGGCUCGACGAUGUCGUUGAACAACAACUCGCCGAGAUGUCAAGCCGAGGGAUGCAAUGCCGAUCUCUCCCACGCCAAGCACUAUCACCGCCGACAUAAGGUGUGCGAGUUUCACUCCAAAGCUGCCACCGUCAUCGCCGCCGGGUUGACCCAGCGAUUCUGCCAGCAAUGUAGCAGGUUCCAUCUCCUUUCGGAGUUCGAUAACGGAAAACGAAGUUGCAGGAAAAGAUUGGCAGAUCAUAAUCGUCGCAGAAGAAAAACUCAACCACCACCACCUCAAGAUCAAACCCAGAAAUCUCACCUCGAAAAGCAUCGCAAUUCUUCUUCUACUUUGAACAUUGUAGCAAAAGAGUCCCCGCCGGAUUCUGGAAUUCAGUCAUCUUCAUCGGUGACGGUGGCGGUGUCACCGCCGGAUUAUUUCCAGCAAAAACCGUAUCAAAACACAACAUCAUCAAGGACACUGUUUUUCUCAAGUGGUUAGUGAAUUGCAUGAAAUUAAAGAGAACAGGCCAUGAAUCUGCAUGCAUGGGCUAGCUACCAGAUGGCUAGGAAUCAAAAUAUUAUUUUAAACCUUUACUUGUGAUGACUUGCUUCCUAAAUUUGAUUCUGAAGUUAUUAACUGGUGUUAUAUUAAGAUUGACUUAAAUCUUCCAUAUAUAUAUAUAUAUAUGAUUUCUUGUGCAUUAAUUUCUCUGGGGCUGCAAAUAACUUGUUGGGUGUUAGCUGAAGCUAGCUCUAGCUAGCAUGUAUCUUUUUCUGGGAUUUCACUUUGUGUAAUUAAAUUUGGAUAUUAAUGAUAAGGUAACUGUGGAUAGAUGGGAAAAAUAGGUUGCUUUGUUUGGAUUUUCCCGGAAAUAGUGACUGUGAGGAUUUCAGGGAGACAGUAACAUCAGCGACCUAAGCAUCUGAGGUUAUAUUUUCAAGUUGUGGGCUGUCUGGUCCCUGUUGAAUUUUCCCUCGAAAAAUGUAGUAGGAUUCAAAUAAGUAAAAUAUGUUUUGCAACAUCAGACAGAAAUUAUUCCAAUUAAUCAUAAUGAAGCUCUCUCUC